AUGAAAGUUGUUUGUGUAGCUGAGAAAAAUUCUAUAGCAAAGCAAGUUGCUACAAUAUUAAGUGGCGGGAAUUUUCAUACAAGAAAUUCACUGGAUAAAUACAUUAAAAAUUAUGAUUUCAGAUGCAACCAGUUUCCCUUUACAAGUGCCAACAGCAAUUUCUAUGUAGAAGUUACAAUGACUAGUGUUAAGGGCCAUAUUAGCAGUCUGGGCUUUGAAGGCAGUGAAGACAGAGGUGGUCCAUAUUCUUGGGGUAAUUGUGAUCCAAUUGAAUUGUAUUCUGCACCAGUUAUAAAUAGUUUUAAUUUUAGGAAUGUUAUUCAAAGUAUUUACAAAGAAUGUAGGGAUGCUGACUAUUUAAUGAUUUGGACCGAUUGUGAUAGAGAAGGUGAGUAUAUUGGAUGGGAGAUCUAUAUGGCAGCAAACUAUGGAACCAAUAAUUGGAAUAUAAGAAUGAAUACUACAACUACUGCAGGACAACCAAAAUUUAAUGAAAGCAAUACAUUUAGAGCCAUUUUUUCACAUUUAGAGAGGUCUCAUAUUAUAAACGCCACUAGGAACCCUAAAAAAUUAGAUCAAAAAUCCAUAGAUGCUGUAAGUGCUAGGAUGGAAAUUGAUUUAAGGGCAGGCUUGAGUUUCACAAGAUUUUUAACAAACUUUUUUCAAAAUAAUAAAUUGGUAGACGCUAAAGUUGUUGUGUCGUACGGUCCUUGCCAAUUCCCUACGUUGGGAUUUGUAGUAGAUCGAGAUGAUAGGAUAGAAAAAUUUGUUCCAGAAAAUUUUUGGUAUUUAGAAAUAUCUAUAAAAAGGGAUAACACUGAUGGUGGUCAAAUUAAACUCCAAUGGAAAAGGGGCCAUUUAUUUGAUAGACUAAUUGUAUAUACCAUAUACGAGCAUUGUGUAGAAACAGGUGGAGCUACGGCCAAAGUAACCAAUAUUGUAUCUAAGCCAACCUCUAAAUAUAGACCUUUACCAUUAACUACAGUAGAGUUACAAAAAAAUUGUGCAAAAUUUUUCAAAAUGAGCGCUAAAAGAUCAUUAGAUGCUGCAGAAUACCUCUAUCAAAAGGGGUUUUUGUCUUAUCCUAGAACAGAAACAGAUAUUUUCCCUCAAACUAUGGACUUAAAAGCACUAGUUGAACAACAAAAAAAUGAUGUGAGGUUUAGAAAUUAUGCUUCUAACCUUUUGUCAGAGGAUUAUGAAACUUCCACUGGAAAUAAGUUUUCUUGGCCUAGACAAGGUUCACAUGAUGAUAAGGCGCAUCCGCCCAUUCAUCCCAUUGCCAGUUGUAGCACGGAGAAUUUAACGGCUGAUCAAAAAACGGUUUAUGAAUAUGUAACAAGACACUUCUUAGCAUGCUGUUCUCAAGAUGCCAAGGGUCAUCAGACUUCCAUUGAAGUUCAAUGGGCCACUGAAUUUUUUAAGACAACUGGGAUAACUGUUCUAGCUAGAAACUUUUUAGAAAUAUACCCGUAUAUCAGUUGGAAAAGUACCGCGGAAUUACCAGAAUUACAUAUGGGUGAUACCGUUGAUUUAUUAGAUACAGAUAUGAAAUCUGGAUCCACAUCUGCGCCUCAACCAAUGACAGAGAGUGAGCUAAUUUUAUUAAUGGAUGCAAAUGGAAUUGGUACUGAUGCCACUAUUGCGGAUCAUAUUGAAAAAAUUAAGGGGCGGGAAUAUAUUAGACCUGAAAAGUCUGGUAAACAAACCUAUCUAAGGUCCACCAAAUUAGGGAAAGCUUUAGUUCAUGGUUUUGAAGAGAUAGGAUUGGAGGAUUCCUUUGCUAAACCAUUUUUACGAAGAGAAAUGGAGAAUGAUUUGAAACUAAUAUGUUCCGGUAAUAAGUUUAAAAGAGCUGUUGUUCAGGAUAUGGUAGAGCGGUAUUUAAAUUACUAUAAUAUAACACAGAUAAAUAAAAGAACGUUAUUGAGUGUAUUUAACAGAUUCAAUGGUUGA